AUGUUGAAUUUCCAGGAUUACGAUGAAGAACUUGAAUCUCUGGCUGAAAAAGAAAUAGAAAAGGCUCCGUGUGAAGCGGAAAUAAUGAAAAAAACGAAAUUCGAAGCUAUCAGAGACGUUGAGCAUGCGGCUCCUGCCGAUAAAUUCAUAAACGAUCCAGGAAAACACAAAUUCGCUUGCAUUAAAAAACCAUGUGGUAACCCAGAUCAAGAUCCGUGGAUUCUAGUUACUGAUUUUGCAACAGAGAAAGCGAAAUCUGGAACUCCGGGAACAGGAUGUAGUGCUGGAAAACUUGCUUACGGUGGACUCUGUUAUAUUCCUGUUACAACUCUGAAAUCAAUGGACCCGCCAAUAACAGAAGCUGUGAUUGAUUCAUCAUCUUCUUCCCUCAAUAUCUUCAUUUCUCUAAUUUUUUUCAUGACAUUGAUGCUAAAAUAA